AUGCACAUUCUUUACUUCUGUGAAAUUUGCGAAGAUGCCCCCAGUCCAAUAAAUCUUCUUUUCGUUCAAGUUACUGCCCCAACACAAUGUCGCAACCGCUUACGGAGUAUUCAACAUCUACUAACAGCGAGUAGUCUUCCACAUGCGAAUUACUGGAAAAGGCUGCGCAUCAAUUGCUCGCUGUCUAUCUCAUCCUUCACCGGUGAGGGUACCACUUCAAGCAAUUCCGAUGAAUUGAAAAGGGUCCCAGAUCUUACAACAAGUAGUACUGGCCCUGAAUCCCCUUGUAUUGUCUCGCCUUCUGGGUCACUUGCGAGUUUCGUGGUCGUUGCGUCCCCAGCGGUUGGGCAUGAAGAUCCUGACUGUGAGCGUGAUCUUCCUUCCUCACUGACGCAACCUUACCUAAAAAUAGAUGUUGACCUCCAAAAAUAUCACCCUCAACCUCAGGAUCUUACGCAUUAUAUUAUACGUACCGAGAAUUAUCCCCUCAGUCUUGGCGGAUUCAGUGACGUCUGGAAGUGCAAACUGGAUUCUUUCCCUCGAAACGGUAUCAAGAUGCCCCCGGAAGACGUCGCUGUCAAGGUUCUCAGAGUGCUAUCAAGGAAUCCAAAAGACAUGAAACAAUUGAUCAAGAAACUGCGUCAGGAAGUCUUUCUUUGGCAACAGCUGAAAACACUCACAUAUACUGCCUUUCAAUAUCUGAAGAUAAUGUGGGACGAGCAAUUCUCGCCUGAAAUGCAUCGUCUCUUUCGUCUCCUCUCCCAAGUCGUUUUAGGCCUGCAGUAUCUGCAUUUUAGCAACAUUAUACACGGGGACCUCAUGCCUUUCAAUGUUCUGAUCGAUGAGAAUGAGAACGCUCUCCUUGCGGACUUCGGCCUGUCGCGCCUGCUGGGUGAUCAUGAAACAUCCUUCUUCGAUUCUCACGGACCAGGUGCAAUUCGUUGGGCUGCUCCAGAAAUCACACCGCUCGAUCCUGAAAAACCCGACGAAGAAAUUAGCAAACCAAAUAAACCAAGUGACAUCUAUUCAUUUGGUUGCAUCAUGAUGCAGGUGUUAUCUGGUCAGUCCCCGUACUUUGAUAUAAGCGAGACUUGUAUCCCUGUGGCCAAAUUCAAAGGCACUCCACCAACACGACCGCCUGGAAUCGCUGAUGUUCAUUGGUGCUAUAUUGAACGAUGUUUGUCGCUAGACGUCGACACGCGACCUUUGGUUGACGAAGUUUUGGAAUACAUUAAGGCGGAAUGCGACAGACAGAAGUUAGCUUCUCGAGCUGGCCGCUCCCGCCAGUGAUACGAACGAGUUGCGUUUACUUAUAUUCUUGCAGUUGCAACACAUGUUGUAUUGAUUUCCUGUGUAUUUAUUCCAUCGUGAUACUAUACUUCACUGCACCCAAUAUUAAUACC